GUAAAUUUUAAGGAACAAGGAACAUGCAUGAUUAAUAUAAAUAGAUAGUAGCUGAAUUAGCAAAGUGGCCUGUGAUGGGUGGUGGCAGCUAGCAGCCUUGUAAGAAUUAAUUAAUGGGCCACCACUGCUGCAGCAAACAGAAAGUUAAGAGGGGACUGUGGUCUCCCGAAGAGGACGACAAGCUUAUCAGACAUAUUACUACCCACGGCCAUGGCUGCUGGAGUUCUGUUCCUAAACUAGCAGGCUUGCAAAGGUGUGGAAAGAGUUGUAGAUUGAGGUGGAUAAACUAUCUGAGGCCAGACCUCAAGAGGGGUUCCUUUACGGAGCAAGAGGAAAGAACAAUCAUCGAUGUUCACAGGAUUUUAGGCAACCGCUGGGCUCAAAUAGCCAAGCACUUACCCGGCAGGACUGACAAUGAAGUCAAGAAUUUCUGGAAUUCUUGCAUCAAGAAAAAGCUCAUUGCUCAAGGCUUGGACCCCAACACUCACAAUCUCCUUUCUUCUAAUUCUACUACUCAUCGCCCCUCUCGCCCAACUUCCAAUUCUAACUCCACUAAACUCAUGAAUUCUUCAACCCCCCAACACACUUUCACUGUGGGUACAACAACUACUAGUAAUUCUUCAACACUGCUCAUCCUGCCCAAUCCCAUUUAUAACAAUCAACAAUAUCCUGAUUCCCCUCACCAUCAUCACAUGCCUGCAGUAGAUGACCAAAACCAAUCCAGCUUCAUAAGCAGUUGCGGCCAUCGCAACUCCAUGCUUUCUGCAGCUGCCUUGGAGUUUGCACGCACAGCUUCUACUACUUCAAUGGAAACUAGUCCCAAUCCAACAUUGUUUUUAUCUUCAACCCCUGUCCUGAAUGAUGACAACUGCAUUAAUUGGGCUUCACCCGCCACUACUGGAAUAUUGCCAAUAUUGGAGCAUCAAUCAGAAGAACAUCAUGAAAUGUCGCAAGCCCAACAUCAAGCAGAGGAGCAGCAGCACAUGUAUGAAGGGCAAGUGUACAAAGUAAUUAACCAUGAGCAGGAUGAUCAACUAAUGAUGAAGUCAGGCCAUGAACAUGAAUAUGAUGAAGCAGCAGGGAAUACAUUAAUUGAUGGGAGUAGUAACUUUGAUUAUGAGUUUGUGGAUUGUGGGUUGAUGGCUCCUCCAGUUUACACUACUUGUAGCUUCAUCAAUUCUAUGGAUGACCAGUUACUUGGUUGGGAAUGUUAGAGCAAUAGCUUCAUUUUUUUUUCCCCCCAAUUAAUGUACGUACGUCUUUCCCCAGUCCCUUGUGUUAAUUAAUUACCCUAAUUAAAAAUGUAUUGCCAUUGACUAAUUUACAUAUAUAUCCACUUUAUAGGAAAUUUCAAGAUAAUUAAUUGCUGAAUU